CUCUGACGUACUUUAUUCUACGUCAGAGGGACGUUCGACCAUGGAUCGCCGUUCCUUGCGCAUCCGACGGCAACAACCGUUUUAGUCUCGUCACUUGUCUCAGGCCCCACAGCGCAAUGUCUCUGCCUGCUCUCCGGCCCAUUCAUUGAUAGGGACAGCGGUGCCGCGCCGGCCGCCGGAGAGCUCAGGCCGCCGCACACUGCCGCCAGCGGGGAGGUCGGACUAGGACGCGGUGCUAGCGCCGUCCGUCGGCGAGGUCGAGGGCGACGGCUACGCCCGCCUUGGUGUUUGCUGUUUGUCCCAUCGCACAGAGACUGCUGUUCUCGGAACCGUCGCCGGCGAAGUUGGAUUGGAAUCGAUCUGUAGCCGAUCGAACUUCCAUCAUCAAGUUGCCUUUUCUCAUGGAAGAGGCAGCUGGUUGAAAAUCUUGCUAAGGCAUUCGUGCUGUCAUUAACUUGUCCCAGAAACUAAGAAACUACAAGUAACCUGAAGAAUAAAAUUCAGAGCUAACCAGAAGAAAAGAAACCAAAACUUUGCCAACAGAUUCACAGUAGAAUGCGACAUAGCAAGUCUACAAUUGCAAUAAGAAAAUACCAAAGAAGAUGGUUUUUUUCCUUGAAGAAGAGAUCAAUCGAGUGCAGAUGUUAACCAAGUAAAGAAAUCUCAUGGCAUGAAAUGAAGAGAAGAUGAGUAACUUUUCUGUUCUAUUUGUUCCCCGUAUAGCUCUCCGACGACGGUUCCGACAACAGCAGCCGCUGGGCGGAGCCAUCGCCCUCGACCUCGCCGGCGGACAGCGGUAGCGCCGCGUUCCAGUCCAACCUCCCCGCCGGCUUCAGCGCGCGGCGGCCUGAGCUCCCCGGCGGCUGGCGCGGUGCCGCUGCCCCUAUUAACGAAUGGGCCAGAGAGCAGGCAGGGACAUCGCGCUUGCGGGGCCUGAGACAAGAGACGGGACUGAAACGGUUGUUGCCGUCGGAUACGCAAGCAACGACGAUCUAUAGUCGAACGUCCCUCUGACAUAGAAUAGAUUACGUUAGAGGAUCCGGUUCAAUGUUCAGGAGAUGUUGUCAUUUUCGGAAGUCACAAGCAACACAACCAAAAAACGCAAAAGUAUGUACGGAGUAGAUGCUAGCAGCAGUGGGGAGAUCAUUCUCAAGCAAGAAUUCCAAAAUAUAGCGACUCUGGAUCAGAUUUAGUGCAUCUUCCAUAAAGGAUUAUGAUGUGUCUCAUCUAAUUCUUAGUUAUUAUAUUUUGUGACGUGGUAAUAUUUAUUAUGUUUUGAAUAAAUACAAAAUUCUUCAAGAUAGGAGCAAACCCUGUAACCUGCUAGUAGUCUGCAGCACCAACGUUCUCUUCGGCCGAUUCGGCGAUUGCAUCAGACUGACCAACAAGAUACAGAAAUCCUCAUCCACCACAUCCAAAGCGGCAAAGCUCGUCCGCUCCAAAAGGCCCGACUUUCCUGCGAUCAGAUGCAGCACCUUGGGGGUUCCCUGAGGACCCUGACCUAGCCCACGGCACAGCUGGUGGUGCCGUUCACACGGUUCCCUGGAUCCGCCCACAAUCUGCUCGACGAAAUGCCGCACCGGGACGUCGUCUCGGCCACGGCGGCCAUUGGCGCGCUCACCCGCAGCGGCCGGCACCGGGACGCGGUCGCCCUCUUCUCCGGCAUUCUUGGGGACGGCAUCGUGCCCAACGAGUUCACCUUCGGCACCAUCCUGCAGUCGGCGAGCGCGCUGCGCGACCUUCGCGUCGGUGCGCAGCUCCACGCCUGCGUCGCCAAGCUUGGCCUCUGUUCCAACGUCUUCGUCGGCAGCGCUCUCGUCGACCACUACGCCAAGAUGGGCUCCGUGAGGGAAGCCCAGGGCGCGCUGCAGGACACCCGCGAGCCGAACGUCGUCUCUUACACCGCGCUCAUUGCGGGGUUUCUGAAGAAUGGGAUGUCUGGGGAUGCAGCCCGGCUGUUCCGGUGCAUGCCGGAGAGGAAUGUGAUUUCUUGGAACGCCAUGAUCGGCGGAUCCAGCAAGGCAGGACUCAACGAGGAGGCAGUCAAUCUGUUCCUGGAGAUGUGUCGGGAAGGCGUCAGGCCGAACGAGAGCACGUUUCCCUGCUUGCUCACAUCCGUUGCCAAUGCAGGGGCGCUCGGCGUUGGCAGAAGCAUCCAUGCUUCUGCUAUCAAGUUCUUGGGUAAGCUUGAUGUUUUUGCGGGCAAUUCUCUUGUCAGCUUCUAUGCUAGAUGUGGCAGUUUGGAUGACAGCGUCCUGGCGUUCAAAAAGAUCAAGAACAAGAACGUGGUGUCCUGGAACGCGUUGAUCUGCGGAUAUGCGCAAAAUGGGAGGGGGGAGGAGGCUUUGGAUGCCUUCAGGAGGAUGAAAGCUACAGGCUUGAAGCUGGAUCGUGUUACUCUUCUUGGCUUGCUGUUUGGUUGCAACCAUGCUGGUCUGGUUGAUGAAGGUUACUCAUUGUUCAGGACUGCCGAGAUGGAGCAGCCGGGUGUAUUGAGACCUGAGCACUAUGCUUGUGUGGUUGAUCUCUUCUCCAGGGCUAAGCGAUUUGAUGAUGCCAAGCGGUUUCUUGAGAACCUUCCCUUCGAGCCAGGCAUUGGAUUCUGGAAGUCGUUGAUAGGAGGGUGCCAGAUUCACUGGAAUAGGGAGCUGGCUAAGAGUGUCGCGAAGCAUAUUCAUGCACUGGAUCCUAAGGAUACUUCUUCAUACAUCCUUCUAUCUAAUGUUUACUCUGCAGCAGGAAGCUGGCAGGAUGUGUCAAUGAUCAGAAGGGAAAUUAAAGAAAAGGGACUGAAGAGGAUCACUGGUUGCAGUUGGAUUGAGGUCCAGAACCAGGUUCAUGUCUUCUUCAAUGGAGACCGCAGACAUCCAAAGAGUGAUGAUAUUUACAUGAUGCUUGAAUCUUGUCUGAAUAGCGAGGAAGAUGAGGACUGCCUUGUAUGAUUAUCAGACACCAUAAAAAAGACAGCUCGAGGAAUGGCAUUCCAAUGAAAGCUUUUUCGGAUCUUGAGAUAAAUAUAAAGUUCUGGGCACAUGUACAGCAAGCUUGUCUUUGCAUAUCAAGUAUUUGCUUAAAGAUUAAACUAUGAGCCCUAACAGCAUUAGCAAGAAAUACUGAAAGUCUGAAACAGACCUCAUAAGAUUUAAGCAUGGUACCUGGUAACCUGGAGAUGAACAGAAAUGACCACAUGCAACUCUCAACUCUGGAUCUGUUGUGGUGCUGACCAUUUUCUUUAUUUUUUGCCUCACAUGAUUGGCUUCUUGCACAAAGGGAAAAUUGAUCAUAUGCUACAAAUACUGUCAAAAUUGAAUUGUUAGCGAUAGAACUUUCCUGUUCAAAUUUUUUUUUGAAUGGAACCAGCACGUGAGUGUGCUUUUUUUUUU